AUGGACCGAACAUGGGGGCAGAUGUCUCUUUGCGCUAGAAACUCCGUGCUGUUCCUCAAAGUGGCUGUACCAGACUAUGUUCUUACUCACAGUGUUACUGGUUACUUGGAUGAUUGUACCUGUGAUGUUGAAACCAUUGAUAGAUUUAAUAACUACAAACUUUUCCCAAGACUGCAAAAACUUCUUGAAAGUGACUACUUCAGAUAUUAUAAGGUCAACCUGAAGAGGCCAUGUCCUUUCUGGAAUGAUAUCAGCCAGUGUGGAAUAAGGGACUGUGCUGUCAAACCUUGUCAUUCUGAUGAAGUUCCUGAUGGAAUAAAGUCAGCAAGUUACAAGUAUUCUGAAGAAGCCAAUAAUCUCAUUGAGGAAUGUGAGCAAGCUGAACGACUCGGUGCGGUGGAUGAAUCAUUGAGUGAGGAAACGCAGAAGGCUGUGCUUCAGUGGACCAAGCAUGAUGACUCCUCAGACAACUUCUGUGAAGCUGAUGACAUACAGUCCCCUGAUGCUGAAUAUGUAGAUUUGCUCCUUAAUCCUGAGCGCUACACAGGUUACAAGGGCCCAGAUGCAUGGAAAAUAUGGAAUGUCAUCUACGAAGAAAACUGUUUUAAGCCACAGACAAUUAAAAGGCCUUUAAAUCCUCUGGCUUCUGGUCAAGGAAAAAGCAAAGAGAACACAUUUUACAGUUGGCUAGAAGGCCUCUGUGUAGAAAAGAGAGCAUUCUACAGACUUAUAUCUGGCUUACAUGCAAGCAUUAAUGUGCAUUUGAGUGCGAGGUAUCUUUUACAAGAUACCUGGCUAGAAACGAAGUGGGGACAUAACAUUACGGAAUUUCAGCAGCGGUUUGAUGCAAUUCUGACUGAAGGAGAGGGCCCACGAAGGCUUAAGAACUUGUAUUUCCUCUACUUAAUUGAAUUAAGGGCUUUAUCUAAAGUGUUACCAUUCUUUGAGCGCCCAGAUUUUCAGCUCUUCACUGGAAAUAAAAUUCAGGAUGAAGAAAACAAAAUGUUACUUCUGGAAAUUCUUCGUGAAAUCAAGUCAUUUCCUUUGCAUUUUGAUGAGAAUUCACUUUUUGCUGGGGAUAAAAAAGAAGCCCAAAAACUAAAGGAGGACUUUCGGCUGCAUUUUAGAAAUAUUUCAAGAAUCAUGGAUUGUGUUGGUUGUUUUAAAUGUCGACUGUGGGGAAAGCUUCAGACUCAAGGUUUGGGCACUGCUCUGAAGAUCUUGUUUUCUGAGAAACUGAUAGCAAAUAUGCCAGAAAGUGGACCCAGUUAUGAAUUCCAUCUAACCAGACAAGAAAUAGUAUCACUAUUUAAUGCAUUUGGAAGAAUUUCUACAAGUGUGAAAGAAUUAGAAAACUUUAGGAACUUGUUACACAAUAUUCAUUAAGGAAAACAAUUUGAAAUAAGCCUGUUUCUGGAUGCUGGUGGCCAAAGAAUGCAGUUUCGUUCAAAGGGUAAUGUAAUAGCAGUGACAGUCUUCAGCCAAACAUUUUAUAUAAGCUGCUUUUGUAAAAGGAGAGUUAUAUUGUUGUAAGUAAACUUUUUAAAAAUUGUCCCGUCUGUGUUUAAUAUUAUUGUGAAUAAAGUACUUUGAUAAUGUGGUACAAAAUUUUAAUAUUGAAUAAAAGCAGGAUUAUCAGAUUCAUAUAUGCUAAAACCAUGUAAAUGAUGUUUUUAAGUCUCUCAAACUAGAGUUUUGUUUAAGAAGAUGUAAUAGGGCCAGGGAUUUAGCUCAGUGGUUCCGCCACCUGCCUUGCAAGCACAAGGACCCAAGUUUGAUCCCCGGUA